UCGAUCUUUUUUAAGUACUCUCUCAAUAUCCCUCAAUAUCCACAUCUAUAAAUAUACCUCACCUUCUUAGCACCUUCCUCACCUCUCCCACUCAAGCUUCUCUUCUCUCUUUUUAGCAAAUCAAGCUCACUUUAGCAAGAUGAAGCUCCUUUACCUUCCCAUCUUGUCCCUCCUGAUCACCACUACAUUCAUCAAAGGCAUUCAUGGCUAUGGUGGUGUUGCAUGGUCUAAUGCCCACGCCACCUUCUAUGGAGGUGGUGAUGCUUCUGGUACAAUGGGAGGAGCAUGCGGGUACGGCAACCUCUACAGCAGCGGAUACGGCACGAACACGGCGGCGCUGAGCACGGCGCUCUUCGACAGCGGGCGAAGCUGUGGCGCCUGCUUCGAGAUCAAGUGCGCGAACGACAACGGGUGGUGCCUCCCGGGCUCCGUCGUCGUGACUGCCACCAGCUUCUGCCCCCCGAACAGUGACGGCGGGUGGUGCAACGUCCCCCUGCAGCACUUCGACCUCUCCCAGCCGGUUUUCCAGCGGAUCGCGCAGUAUAAAGCCGGCAUCGUCCCCGUCCAAUAUAGAAGAGUUUCUUGUGUCAAGCAAGGGGGGAUCCGGUUCACGAUCAACGGUCACUCGUACUUCAACCUGGUGCUGAUCACGAACGUGGGCGGGGCCGGGGACGUGGUGUCGGCCGCCGUGAAGGGGUCGAGGACGGGGUGGCAGGCGAUGAGCCGCAACUGGGGCGCCAACUGGCAGAGCAACGCGUACCUCGACGGCCAGUCCCUCUCCUUCAGGGUCACCACCAGCGACGGCCGCACCGUCACGUCCGCGAACGCCGCCCCCGCCGAUUGGAACUUCGGACAGACGUUCUCUGGCGCCCAGUUUUCGUGAUCAAUCUGAUAGAAAACAGUCCACGAAUAUAUAUUUAACAAUUAAGCUUUUUCUAACUACUACUUGUAGUAGUAAAGUAUAAUUAAUUAAGGAGGGGUCUCUCUUUAAUUUGGAAUGUCCCUUCAUGAGUCUAAUGUUGUAUUAUUAAGUUGAUGAUCUUUUUCUUUUUUAUUUUCUAGCUUAAUUGAGAGA